GAAAGAGAAGUGAUGAGAAAGAUUCAGAGACGGGAGAGGAAACAGAUGUUAAACACAAUGAAAGCCCCAGGAGGAUCUCCAGUGAUUGGGUGCCGGACAGUGAUUAUGAGCCGCUGUAUCAGAUGUACCAGCGUAAGGUCUGUGAGGCUGAAUGCCAGCUGCAGUGCGAGAGCCCCUCGGCCCACCGCAGGAGCACGAGCGACAGUUUGGGGCUGCAGGGGUCCGGGACCACGGGGGGCCGGAAGAGGGCGGAGCUGGGAGAGGUCAAACUGUGGCAGGAACUUCCUGUGGUGAAGGAGAGCGGAAUACUGCAGACACUGAGCUACACGGAGAAACAGAGACAGGAGUGUAUGUUUGAGGUGCUGACGUCGGAGGCGUCGUACCUGCGCUCGCUCAGAGUGCUCAAAGAUCACUUCCUGGGGUCUCGAGAGCUGGACGACACGCUGGUCAUCCACGACAGGAAGUCGCUCUUCUCCAACGUCCUGCAGAUGUAUGAGGUCAGCGAGAGGUUUAUGCAGGAUCUGCUGGACAGAGUGGACGAGAGUGUGGUCAUCUCUGACGUGUGUGACAUCAUCCACCGGCAUGCGAAGGAGCGCUUCUCUGUGUAUAUCGACUACGUCAGGAACCAGGUCUAUCAGGAGAAGACCUACAGCAGGCUGAUGCAGUGUAACCGAGCGUUCUGUACGGUUAUGCAGCGGCUGGAAGAAUCUCCGCUCUGCAGGCGCCUCCCGUUCAGCUCCUUCAUGCUGCUGCCCUUCCAGCGAAUCACACGCAUCAAAAUACUCAUACAGAGUAUUCUGAAGCGGACGGCUGAGGGCUCAGCGGAGGAGUCGUCGGCCUCCAGAGCUUUGGCUGUUGUCUCAGAGAUCAUUCAGGAGGCGAACACUCAGGUUGGUCAGAUGAAGCAGAUGGAGGAGCUGAUGCACAUCGCCAACAUCCUGGAGUUUGACAAGCUGAAGGCCAUCCCGCUGGUGUCUAAGACGCGGUGGCUGGAGAAGCAGGGCGAGCUGCAGGAGUUCAGUAAGGUGGGCUCGCUCUUCGGCCGCUUCCGGUUCACCCCCGUCUACGUCUUCCUCUUUAACGACCUCCUCAUCCUCACCGCCAGGAAGAGUCCAGAGCGGUUUGUGGUUCUGGACCAUGCCCACCGCUCCCUGGUGCAGGUCCAGCCUGUAGACAUUUCUGAACCACAGCUGGACCACGCCUUCUGCCUCACCCUGCUGGAGAACCACCAGGGAAACACCUGCGAGCGCCUGCUGAAGGCCAACACUGAGUCUGACCUGCACAGGUGGACGGCCGCGUUCCCCUCCGUCUCUGCUCAGCAGGAAAAGCAGGAGAAGGUGUAUGAGGACUGGGACUGCCCUCAGGUCCAGUGUAUCCGUCAGUACAGCGCAAAACAGAUGGACGAGCUCAGCUUAGAGUGCUGUGACAUCAUCAACGUUAUCCGCAAAACUAAUGAGGGUUGGUGCGAGGGCGUGCGACUGUCGGACCGAGCGAGAGGGUGGUUCCCUCAGGACUCGGUGACCGAGGUGACCAGUGAACACUGGAGAAGCCGAAACCUAAGGGAGCAGUACAGGAUCGCCAUGGCAACACAGACGGCCAAUCACAGAGCGGAAGUGUAA